AUGACUUUGUCUCUAGACUACAUCCCAAAAAUACGAGGAGUAAGCCUCGGUCGAACGUGGAGACGGUACCUAUCCCUGAAACUUUCUGGCGAUGGCAACAAGGAGGCGCCCUUCAAAGGGCAACUUAUUGUGGAUGCAGAGAAAAGGACCUUUAACUGGCAAUUCCUCCACGCGCUGAUUGACAAGGUUGGUGUGCCUGUGCGCCCCGUGGAACAAGAGCUCCGAGCUCAACAAAGCGCGCUAGACGUUGCUGCCAACACACUCUCUGAUGUUGGAUCUUCACAUGUAGCUAGCGACGGACAAUCACUCAUUGCCUUGGACAACAGUACGGAAAUUGCCGAUGACAGGAUCGUGUACACAGGGAAUGAAGAUGGUGUCCCAAUGGAGGAUGAAGUAGAGUGGCACGGGCUUGAUGAUGACAAUGAGGACGUGCUUGACCCAUUAAUUGAUUGUGAUACAGAAUCGGACGAGAGCGGCGAGCUGACGGAUGAUGAAAUCGAUGAAGCCGUGGAUGCGGAACAGGCGCAUAUCGAGAACCUCGUGGCGAUUACGGGUAAUUCAACCAAGUUCUACGACACGGAGCGUUUUUUUCGUGCUUUGCUUUGGACAUUACACAUGUACAUCGAUGGAUUUUGCAGCGACUACACUUUUCAGUACGCUAAACCGUAUGGUCCGUCUUGUGAUGUAUUGUCCAAAUACAUUAAGGAUCACAAUGGCGAUCCGUUCGUUAUUCAAGCUCCAGUGGCAAACACUUCGCCGUUGAGACCCUACCAGGCUGCCGCUGCGAUGCUUCCGCGACAUGCCGUGCAUCUACUUCCAAAACCGGUGCAGCAGGUAGUUCAAAAUCCGGCCUUGUCCAAACGACUGUUCCUGCCGAAGGAUGAGGUCAACAUUUUCGCAUUAGUGCAAGCCAUUGAUGAAAUACCGUUGUCGGCCUACAGCGAAACGGAGCGUCAAAGACUCGAAUGUGGCCUUCCAUUUUUAUUGAGGCGACCAAUUCGCGGUGAUUUCUGCCCAAGGGCAAAUGCGCCAGUUCCUCGUCCGGGUCCGAAGUUUGAGCAAAUUAGAGCUCAACCCGUUAUAUACUACCGGAAUUUGCGGGCAACCGAUGCCCCUCCUUGCCAUGCGUGGCCAAGUGGUUCUACCCCAGGCAUGCUCAAUUUGCCGUACGUGCAAGUCGGUGGACUACGACUUCAGCGCCCACGAUCAAAUCCGGCGGAAAGUAACGUGGCUGGACCGGCACCAAAGGUGGCGAGCAGCAAAAAAUGCGCGGGACAAAUUGGAAAAGGACCAGUUCGGCCGCGGAAUGCCGGUACAAUGCGGAAGAACCUUGGAAGCUAGUACUUACGGACUUUCGGGACGGACAAUGCCCGGUAUCAUUUCGAAAUCAUCAAAAAGAGGUCGCAAACAGUUGACUUUCACUCGUGAUCUUGUCGACUAUCUGCGUGAUUCUCAAUUUCCUGGCUGCGAUAAUCACUCCAAGCAGGACUCGAGUAUUAGUUAUAUCGGGGAUGAACAUCUUUGAGCUUCAUGAAGCGACGGUCACACGAACUACGCCAUUUCGCGCGAAGUCCUGUGAGAAGUGGGGCUACGUCUGGACGACACAAACUGCUUCUUACGACGUCGGGGCAAUUUGACAAAGGCCAUGGGUGUUGGGGUUCUUGUGGCGACAGAGGGUUAUCAGGAUGUGAUACUAAGCUAGAGGAAAUUUUUUUACAGUUUGU